UUCCGCCACAUUGCAUGCCUGAAUCGUCAUUCAGUCGAAAUCAGGUCGAAAUGCUGUUGAACUGCUCUGAGCUGCCUCUCACCAGCCGCGACACUGGCAAGCAGGCGGGUAGCUUCCACCAUAACUAGCCCACAAGGACGACUUGCCCCAGCUGGUCUGCAACUUUACGACACCCUUGCUUUGGACUGAUCUACACGUUUGAUUCGAACUCGUUUCUCCGAGUCUACACGCCUCGAUAUCUUGCUGCUUCCAUCGUCUGACACUUAUCUGAGCGAAAGCGAUGGAUCUACAAACGGUGAACGAGCUGCUAGCAGGCAGCGUUGGAGGCGCAGCUCAAGUACUGGUCGGACAACCACUGGACACGGUCAAGACGCGUGCGCAGAUCGCCCCGAAGGGUAUGUUUAAAGGGCCCAUGGACAUUCUCGCGCAGACGGUUCGCAAGGAGGGCUUCUUCGCGCUCUACAAAGGCAUGGCGAGCCCGCUCGUCGGCAUCUCAGGUGUGAACUCGCUCCUGUUCGCCGCGUACGGCGUCUCGAAGCGGAUCAUCUCGCCGUUCCCCCAGCUGUCCCUCAAGGAAAUCGCGGCCGCCGGCGCGCUCGCGGGCGCGGCGAACGCGAUCCUCGCCAGCCCAGUGGAGAUGUUCAAGGUGCGGAUGCAGGGCCAGUAUGGCAUGCCGGGCGACAAGCGAUUGCGCGCUGUUAUGCAGGAGAUGUGGCGAGAGUGGGGGCUCAGGAAGGGCGUCAUGCGCGGGUAUUGGGUAACCGUGGCGAGGGAAAUUCCGGCCUAUGCUGGGUUUUAUACAGCGUUUGAGUUUUCGAAGCGCAACUUCGCGCAGAGGUAUGGGAGUCAGAUUCCGGUGUGGGCCCUGCUCGCGAGCGGUUCUACGGGCGGGAUUGCAUAUUGGCUGGCGUGCUAUCCGCUGGAUGUCGUCAAGUCCCGCGUACAGCUCCGGGCGACGCCGCCCACGGGUACGCCGGUCCAAUACAUCGCACGCGAGCUGAAGGCCAUUGUAUCGGAGAGCGGAUGGACCGGGCUGUUUCGUGGGCUUUCUCCGUCGCUCCUGCGAAGCAUACCUGCCGCCGCGAGUACGUUUGCUGCAUUUGAGCUGACGAGAGAGUAUCUGCUGGAAGUGACGGGCGUGUGAGCUCCGGUUGGCUCAGGUAUACCACUUGAAGGAAAUGGAGUCUGGCGAGCGGAUGCUAUCAGAGGUUUGAUUCAGUGGUCCUGCCCUCCCGGCGGAAGGUGCGGCUUCCUCAUA